AUGUGGAGCAUGCUACAUUUUGGUGACAUACAUCAAAAAGUUGAUAUACUCCAGAAUCAACUGUCUGAAAUACAACAACUACUUCACUCAGCAGACAACACUUCCAAAGAUUUUGAAAUCAAUGACGAACUGAAGAAGUGGAAUCAGAUUCAACAUGAUUUUCACAAGCAAAAGUAUAGAGACAACUUCUUAAAGGAUAUGGAUAAUAACACCAAGUACUUUCAUACUUUAACUAAAAGUAAAAGAGCAAGAAAUAACAUCAACUCUCUAAAAGAUCCUAAUGGCAAUUGGUUACACUCAAGAGAUGAGCUAUCUAAUUUGCUGACAAAUCGCUUUAAAGAUAUAAGUACUUCUAUGUCUCAUAAUAUCCAAGAACAUCAUUACAAUAUUCUACCAACUUUAGUGUCUGAAGAAGAGAAUAUACUUCUGCUUAUUCCUCCAAAUGAUGAUGAGAUUUUAUCUACUCUGAAAAGUAUGGAGAAUUGGUCAGCACCUGGAUCAGAAGGUUUUUAA